AUGAGGGUAGAGUUGGUCUGUGGGCACAGUGAGAGGCUUUUGGCGAAUUACAAAGAACCUGGGUUACACACGUUAAGAUUGACUUGGAGAAAGAUUAUCUGGAGAAACACAAACCUACUUCAAAAUUUUGAAAGGGAAGCUGCUAUUGCCGUGAAUGUUGGAAUUAGGGGUUUUGUUCACGAGAACCCAUCUUCAGGGUCUUCUGACAAGUUCACCUCUUCUGGUAACUCAGUAUCGACCCAUGAAGACCAGUUUACUUCGCUCUCAGCAUCCAUCUGUAAAAUUUCACCUGUAGGAUGUCCCUGCAAUAUCCCCAAUAUCAUCUGCCUUGCUCUGCAAAACACUCAUCUUCAGAGACAUAGCAUCCCCAACUUUCCCAAUCUCCUUCUCGAUUUCAACCGCCUCAUGUCUCAUAUUUACUAUUUCCACCCCCAAACUUUUAUAAGAAUUCUCGAGAAGCACCAUGCCUUCUAUCAAACUUUCCUUCAUUUUCACCUGGCUUUCCCUCAGCUCGACUUGAGAAUCCUCGAUCCCCUUAGACUGCUCUUCCUCUCUUUCGAAAAGAAUCUGAGAAAGAAAGAGAAAGACUUACUGCAGCUGGUGGCAAAUGGAGUUGGUCUCGAGAAAGUACUCGAGAAAGAUUUUGUGCUCGUCUGUAUCGAGAUUGGUCAAACAUUUCUUCAUGACCGAUUUGGGGUCACAGUAAGGAAAACCGGGCCUGCCCGUGUGGCUUUGGAAGCAGUCGCUAAGAUGCCAGGCCAGGCGGGCCCGCAAUUCUUGGUCUGCAAGGAUUUUCGAGCAACUUUCGAACAUGUUUUGGUAGGAGGCUUGCCAGCAAGAAUCUGGAGCUUUCAUUUUUGUCCUGGCAUUGUCGAUGAGCUGUACGCCCUUAGGGUCGUGGAGAGCUUCCAUGGAGAAUUCAGACAUCAUCGUGUUCUUCGUGCCCGUGUGAGUUUCUUGUUUGGCCGAAAAGAGCCAGCUUGUUGA